AUGGACUUCGUUUUUCGCAAGUUCUCGGGAUCGAAGACCGAGGACGUCCAUGACUGGGCCGACGAUACCAAGCUCCUGCUGGAGGUCGCCUCCGCGACAAUGGACGCCCGCCAAGUGAAGCUCCAUCUCUACCUGCAACUCGACGGGAGAGCCAAGUCCUUCGCCAAGGAGUUCAUGAGUGACUCCGCAGUCAAGGCGGACGACCUCGUGGACAAGAUCGUCGACCGCUUCCACAACCCAUCCCGACAGCUACAGCUGGUCUUCGAGCUCCGCGCCAUCAGGCAAACCAAGGACGUUCAAGCCUACAACGGAGACUUCAACCGCGUGGCGGACCAACUGUCGGAGCGGAGCGAGGUCUUCCUGCUGGCCUUCUACCUGAUAGGACUCCACCCGACGAUUCGACAAGUGGUAUCGGUGGCCAGCCCGUCGACGCUGGUUCAAGCAAUGAAGAUCGCCGAGGACGCGGACCGAGCCAAGGAUGCAUCCGGGACCCACUUCGCGCGCCACACGUCAGUCUCUUCAAACAGCACCUCCAAGUACCAGGCAAGCAAGCAGGCCCCGCGACGUGAUGAAGGACCACGCAAGCGCCUGCCACCACUGACACCAGAGGAGCGCCAGCGACUGAUGGCCGAGGGCGCCUGCUUCCGUUGCCGCAAACCCGGCCACGGCUAUGCUCAGUGCCCGGGAAACGGCCCGCUUCACAGUGCUCCACUACAGCUGGCCAUGACGAGACAGCCCCCACCGAGCCUCCGCAAGGAGCAGACCUCCCGCCGCGCGGGCGCUGCACGACCAGGGCGCCGGAACGGAGACAGCGAUGGGGAGGACGGCCAGGAGUACUCCGCUAUCACCCUCACCGUUCGCAACGCACCCACAACAAGAAGCCAGCCACCGACCAACUACCUCAGCGCGGUUACCACAGCAUCAACCCCGGCCUACGUUCCCCAACUACGUUUUCGUGCAACGAUCAACGGUGCCCCAUGCAACAUCCUGUUGGACUCGGGGUGCACAACCGACGUGGUGGCCGAGGAGUUUGCCUUGAAAAACCUUAGGGUGAUACAGGUACACCAAGACACACAGGUCACGUACGGAGACGGAUCCCACGUCUCCAGAUCGAGCAUGACAACGGCUACCCUCAAUGUGCAAGGCCUGACGACGACGCGGGACUUCCUCGUGAUUCCAAUUGGGGGAGUCGACGCCGUGUUGGGCAGACCUUUCCUCAAGGACUAUGCAGCACGCGUUGACCACGUCAACGAUCAAGUUCACCUAACAGACCCCACCAACCCACGACAACCACUGCGCAACCCAGCGCCCAUGGAGCACAAGAACACAGACAAGGAACUGGCAGGCGGCGUCAUCCUCCGAACAGCAUCAGAAACAACACGGAACGACCGCGACAACGACCCAGCGCUGUACCUGAUUGUAGAAACACGACAGGUGGUGUGUGUGUUUACUGUAGGCAAACGCAACAAACAAGAACACAAGGAGAAUGAACAAGCACAACAAGCUGCUGCCAAAUCAACUCGGGCAGCACACUCAAACAAACACUAG